AUGCGCUUCGUUGAAAUGAUGUGUCAAAGCCAGUCGUUAUGAAUCUAAAUGACAGGCGUCUGCCUUUAAAAGGCACCAGCAUUAGGCAGGAAUUGCCAUAUCAAAUCACUGCUGUAGCUACAAAAUUGCCACGUGACAAAUUUGAGUCUAAAGAAAACCGCGUUAUGUUAACUCAAGCGAUCCAGUCUAGUGAAAUGAAGCCAGCAUUUAUCAACCAUUUGAGCAGGACAAAAACUUUAGCUUAUGUUAGUUUGAUUAGGCCAGCGUUAACCUCGUCUACAACCAAAUCUGUAGUUAAGGAGAAAUCGGUCCUGUCCGCUUUGACAAAUCGAAAUAGUACUACAAAUAGCACUUCUAUCACCUCGGUUCCUGCUAGUCUGCGUGAACCAUUGGCUAAAAACGAGGCAAAGGCCGAGGCCAUAGCCCUUAUGAGUCCCAUCACCGAUGGCGAUACCUUCGACUGUCCCGCCUUCGUCUGGCUGCAGAAGGCGGAGUGUCUUCGCCAGCUAAAUCGCACCAAUGAGGCCAUCCAAUGCUACCAGAGAGUGGUCCAUCUAGCCCCCGUUUGCUACGAUGCCAAGUUCACGCUGUCCGCACUUCUGAAACAGCAGGGCCGGCAUGAGGAGGCCGUCGAGGCCUUGGAGCAGUCUGGCGAGGUCGAGGGUCAGCCCUUGAUUGCUCGCCUGCUCUACGAAAUAUGCGUAAUGUUGAAGCAAAUCGGGCGCAUCGAAGAGUUUCUGGACGUGGGAUAUGUUUUGCUCAGUAGACAUUCCAUCAAGCUGAAAAAUCGCGAGGAAAUGAUAGCGGCGGACAACGGCGGAAGUACCUACAACGCCGAGAGCUUAAAGGCCAUUAUGCAGAUGCGAAGUCUGGCAGCUGGGGAAACGGGAUCAACAGAGCCGGAGCUGCAAGAUCCCGGCAAGAGUGCCGCAUCAGAGGCCUCCGAUCUGACCAUCAAGGAUGAGUACGAUCUGUUUCAGGACCUGAUGCGCACGGCCCACACACAUGGCAUGAGCAGUGCCGCUGAGAAGCUCUGCUUCGCAAUGGUCACCACAAAGAGGUUCACGUAUUACCAUUACGAGAUUGAAAGGAUUAUGAUACUGGCCUGCUAUUUCAAUGACGGUUCCGCCAUUGCGUUUUCGUAUCUACUUGAACUCAUCGCAAAGCAGCCGAACCAGAUAAACUUGUGGAACCUGCUCUCCCUGCUCGUCCAGAAGGGGGAGGACAUGCGGUACUGCCGCUACAUAAGGCGUCUCCUGCAUCGCCAGCCCCUUGUCGACCAACAGAUGCGUCUCUUCCUGGGCCACUACCAUCUCAACUGCAGUUCAUUCAAGUACGCUCUCAACGUGUACGUGCCCAUGCUGCGCGAGAAUCCGGAUCCCCUGGUAGCGCUCUCCAUAGCCGUCGUCUUCAAUCAGUUGGCCCUGCAGAAGAAGGUGCUCCGGAAGUCGGCAGCCGUAGCUCAAGCGGUGGCCUUUGCCGAGCGCUACAAAGAACUCCGGUCUGCUGGCGAUGAUUUCUGCAGGUGCGCUGCCCAGCAGGAAAUCUUCUACAAUAUCGGAUGCAUCUACCAUCAGGCCAAUAUACUCCACCUCGCAGUCGAGUUCUACGAAAAGGCCUUGGCCGUGCAUCAUCCACUGAUUGCCGAGUAUGAGGACACUCUGGGACUUCAGCACGAGACGGCCUUCAACUUGCAUCUCAUCUACCGCGCCAAUGGCAACCCCUGGAAGGCCCGUCAGUAUCUCAUGCGUUACUGUGUGGUGUGAUAUAUGUAUUUAAGAUGAAAAUAUUGUAAUUGUGUUUAUUUGAAUCUCUGUGGA